CUGAAUAUAUUUGCUGUAUGAUCACUGAACUUAUACAAGCCAACUGCUAAAACCGCAUGUACUCUGGAUGGAAUUCCAGGGAAGACGGAAAAAAGAUACUUUCAUUUUAUCUUGGACAUUGGAGAAGCAAAAUAUAUGGAGUUCUGAAUAAUUUAUGGUUUAAAAGAGCGCACUGUAUGCCUUGAAGGCUUUUCAAUAAGAUGAACUGCUGAAAUGGUAGGCCACAUUUUAUAAUAUGUCACUGACCAAAGAAAGACAGUACUGUAUUCAAGCCCUUACUAAAAGGGAACCCACUUCAUGCUUCUUUAGAGCAGCCUUUCCCAAGAGAUUAGCAUUUCUGUGAUGAGUCUGUUAUAACAGAUCUUACUGCCUCAACUGUUCCUGUGAUUGUCCAUGAUAUGCAUGCCCAAAUACCCACAAAUGCCCAUUGGAUCUGAGGGCUCUGUGAAUAUUUGGUAGCAACUUGGGAAUUCAGCAACACAAACAUACGAACCUCUAUAUAUAAAGAUUAUUUUUCACCCCACUAGCUAUGUGUUGUACUGUGCCAGUUUUUGCGAAUCUUUUCUCCUGCCCUCCCACAUACUGUAAUUCCAAUGUUGUUGAUGUGUUCUUUUUGAUUCUUCUAAAUAUUAUCUUCUGAAGUUUAAUUCAAACAUUCUGUGUCUGUUUCCACUGCUUAUUUGGAAAUCAUGCUUGUUCGUUCUAGAGAGGGAAACACAUAGAAUAAUACAAUAGUUGAGGGUACAUCUCUGAAUGGCUUUUGCUGUGAACAGGUGUUAACAGAAGCACUGUGACCACCCAAUCAUUCCCAAGGGAGUUCAAAAAUAAAUACAGAAAUUAAAAACAAACAAACAUGGGUUUCUAACUUUGCCACAGAACAAAAAUCCUCAACCUGCUUCGGUCCUCCUGUUAACUCUAGACUCCUGUAAGAGUGCUAUUUCCUGAUUCUGGCAAAGCCCAAUUUCUUCUGCUCUCCAGAUGGUACAUAUUUAUUCUAGUUUAUUUCCUGCUCUGUUUGUUCACUCAUCAAUCUAGUGAAUGACUUGUUUCCAGGUUAAUAAUGCUAAUUUUUUGUUAUUCUAAGGUUAUGUUCAGGCUCAAAUGAAUCUGCUGCAAUUUUUAGAGAAGGUUGGAACAGUCUGUAAUAUAAUCCUUGAGGCUGCCAGCAGAAUAAAUAUAGCACAGCACACAGAUGGCUACAGAACAAGGGAUCCAGGCAAUCUACCAUCACGCUCCUUUGGGUAUCCCUGUUUCCUGUCCUUCUCAGCUUGUCCCCAAUAAUUCUUCAACCUUCUCUUGCUGUGAUACCACCAUUCACCGCCAAAUGUUGUCCCUCUGCAAGGUCACUGAUUCUUUGUUCAUUAGCAAUUCUAGGUCAGCCUGCUGUGAGAGUCUCCUCACUCAAGAGAGAGUCACGUUCUGUAUCAAUGUCUCCAGACAACAGCCCUUCCCAAGCUUUCAGCAAGGCCAAUUGCUGAGAAUCCCCGUCUUUGAUGAUCCUUCAGAGGACUUGUAUAAAUACUUGGAGCAUUGCAGUGAUAUCAUAGAAGACAUCAUCCAAAGAGGUGGGAAGUGCUUAGUGUACUGUAAAAAUGGUCGCAGCAGAUCUGCAACUAUCUGCACUGCUUACUUGAUGAAGCAUCAAAAGCUCAGGCUGAAGGAUGCCUUUGAGAUUGUGAAGAAUGCCAGGCCAACGGCAGAGCCCAAUGCAGGAUUUUGGUCUCAGCUACAGAAAUAUGAAGACUAUUUGCAAGCACAGCAGCAAGGAACUCUUUCUCCAAAAACAAUUUCACAUAAUAAAUAUAUUGAUUCAGAUUAUAAUUUUGGGAAAUUUCCUUAAAGAGGAAGAUUUAAGAUGCUUCUGAAUAAAGCUGAAUUUAAUAUAUUAAAAAAAAACUGGAAUCAGCUACUGUAUUAUUAUAGUCUCAAGAACCUUUAGCUGAAAACUUCUGUAAAAGCCUUUCAACAUGUCACAAGGCAUAAUUCACAUCUCUGCAAUCUGUUCCAUUUUAAGACUAUAAUUAAAUGCAGCUAUGAUGGGUUGGCCAAAACUUUUUGUGGGAGAAGUGAUGCUUCUGACAGCAUUGCUGAAUGUCAGCAGCAUGGCUUCUCACCAUUCUGAGGUGGAAAAAUGCCAGCGUUGUAGUAGAAGCCCUAGGUUAGUUUGAUGUUUGCAUAAACAGAAUCAUACUCCCUCAAAAUGUGGUGGUGGGGAAUUCCUGUCAGCAUCUCCCAUUUCAUGACAUUCUUGGCCUAUGCUUGCUUUAGCCUCCAUCUACCCAAGAUUACCCAGCCCUGCUCUGUGGUUUGAAAUCAGUGACUUUUGUCUCUCAUGGUUUUGCCCAGUUUUCAGUUGUUGUUGUUUUGAAUAAUGAAGAGUUAUGGAGAACUUAUUGCUGGCAUGCUAUUUUAUGACUGACCUAUACUGCCUUAUAAUUUUCCCAAAUUCUUCAGGUUAAGGACUUGGAAAAACCUACAGCAGGUUGUGGUCUAGUCUGGUCACAAGAUUCCUGAAAUCUUUCAUGUGCAAAUUGAGUUUGCAAAGAUGUUUCAAGUAGAAAAUGAGAAGCAAAUACUGUUAAACUGCUUUUCUUAAACAAGCUGAAUA